CUUUCAACCCGCGUUGCGAGAGAGACCUCCGCUCUCCCUCUUCUCUCCCUUUUCACAAUGAAACACCAGGACUUAGCCGACCAACGUUUUUAAGACCAUUCUUCGAGUCGCGCAUUUUGUCUCCUGUACUGCUUUCAAGUUUCACGUUCCUCUCUCUCUCUCUCUCUCUCUCUCGUCGCCGGUACUCACUGCACUUCAUGCCUCCGUUGCCGUUCUCGUCAAUCUAGUUCUUUUCUCUGCUCCCCAAGAUCCCAUUGCCUUUGCGCAUUCCAUAGAUUAUACUUUCUAAUGGCGGCACUCCCCAAAUUCUGUAUCGCUCUGCUUUUCGCGUUCUCCUUGGUGGGACUCUCCGUACCCGCACAUGCUCCCGAUAAUUCACCCGGUCCGGCACCAGCAUUUGGCAACGAGUCUCCGCUGCCACUGGCCCCGGAACCGAACGUUCGAGCUCCGGUGCACACGCCGUCGACUUUAUCUACCCCGGCGCCUUCUCCAGGAAAUCUCCCUUCAGACUCCUCCCCGACUCCAAAAUCACAGGCUCCGACGCCAAAGCCUCCAGUUUCUGACAAAAAAAAUCCGGAAAAGAGCUCCGGCAGCGGAAAAGAAGAAAAGAGCUCGUCCGACGGGAUGAGCAGGGACAAGAAAGCGGGGAUCGUGGUGGCAGUUAUAGUGGCGGCAGGGCUGGUAGUAGUGGCUGGGUUGGUGUACAAGAAGCGCCGUGACAACAUUCGGCGAGGUCAGUACGGGAACGCGGUGAGGAGAGAGAUACUGUGAAAAGGCACCGUGGGGUUCAACUUCCUAUCAACCGAUACAAGAUAUGAUGAGCAGAGAGAGGUUUCAAAAAUUUAUUUAUAUGUAAUCGGUCCGGUUUUGUAUAUGUUCCAUGAAUUGGUAUAUGCCAGUUUAAAAAAUUUAAGAAUCAAUAUUAAAUCAAUUCACUAUUAAAAUAGAAAUUUUCAAUUUUUUAAGUUUA